CAAGGAUAACAUUCCUGCUCUUUUGAUUGGCCAGCCCACUGCUGCAAGAUUCUAACCAUCUUAUUUUGAUGAUAAAUAUGAAGAGAAGCUUAAGCUGUGCAGGAGUGUAGUGCUCGCACACUGCUCCGCUCUCUCCAGCUCUCAAGGACUGGCAGCCUGUCUUUCCCAGAACUGAGCAGGACAAGGGAAAUACCACAAAGUUGUGAUGCUUUUCUUCACUCAGUGCUUUGGGGCUGUGUUAGAUCUUCUGCACCUUAGAUUCCAACACUACCAGGCUAAGAGGGUAUUUUCUUCAGCAGGGCAACUGGUCUGUGUGGUUAACCCAACGCAAAACUUACAGAAUGGUUCUAAUAGAAGUGCAGUCCCUGAGGAGGAUUCCUCUGAAAGAAAGGAGCAAUAUCUUUGCCGUCAGUCAGUCAAUGACCCACAGCUAACUUCUUGCACUUGCCCUUUGUACUCUUGCAAAUGGGAAGGCCACUUGGAGGUUAUUGUUUCUCAUCUGACGCAAUCUCACACGAUUAACAUUCUUCAUGGAACAGAAAUUGUAUUUCUAGCAACAGACAUGCACCUUCCAGCACCGGUGGAUUGGAUAAUUACGCAUUCCUGCCUGGGUCACCACUUUCUCCUCGUACUUAGGAAGCAAGAGAAAUAUCAAGGCUACCCCCAAUUCUUUGCUACCAUGAUGCUGAUUGGCACAUCUGCUCAGGCACAGAAUUUUAACUACAAACUGGAGCUGAACAGGAACAGAAGGAAACUGACAUGGGAAUCCACUCCCCGUUCAGUUUUUGACUGUGUUGACUCUGUAAUUACAGAUGGAGAUUGCCUGAUACUUAAUGCCUCAGUGGCUCAGCUUUUUUCUGAUAAUGGCAGCCUGGCUAUUGGAAUUGCAAUAGCCGCCAGCAAACCUUGUUCUGUGGAACCUGAGAAAUGAUUUUUGCCCAUCACUCUAACAGCAUUCAUUCAAAUGUACUUUAUAAUGCUUGGUCUUGGGUCAUUUGAGCUUUUUAUUGCUUGUGGGGGUCUUUCUGUAAAAGAAAUUCCAUUUUUACUUCCUUAUAAAUGUUUUCAGAUGUAAGUUGCCCUGACAACGUUUAUAAACAAUUUUCAUGUUCACAAAAUGGCAGUUCUUUUGUGCAAAGAUUAACAGUAAGGCAAAUUGCAUUUUUAUACCAUGUUAAAUAAAUGUAUAUGAAUAUACUUGAACAUACACACACAGACAUAUAUAUAUGUAUAUAUAAAUAUAUACUUGGAAAUUCCUGCUAGUUGAGCAGGCUGGUAACAUUGUACUACUUUUAAAUUAGGUUUAUUAUUAACCCUAUCCCUUUUAACUAGUUUUGCCUGUGUCUAACUAGUUAAGAUCAACUUUUCACUCCGGUAUAUAUAGUAUAUAAAGAGCAAUACAUGCAGGAAUAGAAAAAUGUAUUUUAAACACAUUUCCCUUUCCACAGACGUAAUAUUUGCAAUAAAACUUGUAUUUGGUCUUAAAAUAUAUACAUGGAACAGGUAUGGGGUCGCUUAUCCCAAAACCUGUUAUCCAGAAAGUUCUAAAUAGCAGAAAGGUCAUCUCCAAGAGAGUCCAUUCUAAGCAAAUAAUUCAAAAUUAUUUCAUUUUUCUGUUAUAAUAAAAUUGAACUUGAUUCCAGCUAAUCCAUAACCCAUAAUGGUGGCAAAACAAUCCUAUUGGGUUUAUUUAAUGUUUAAAUUAUUAUUUGUAGAUUAAAGGUAUUGUAAUCCAA